AGCGCAUUCCGCUUCAGGCCAAAAAAGCAUGUCGCCCGUCGCUCCCGCCCAGGUCGUCCUUAUCCCCCCAGACGCUGCGGCCGCUGCUGCUGCCCGCAACAUCUCGCUCGCAGCCGUUCCGCACCUCCCAAACAUAAACGUCUCGUUUCCGCACCUCCCAAACAUAAACGUCUCUCUUCCGCACCUCCCCCCAAACAACUUCACCCUCCCGCACAACUUCACGCUCCCGCACAUGCAAAUCCCUCCCGGGCUCGUCACCCCGCUCCUGUUCGUCGCGGGCGGCCUCAUCCUCGCCGUGCCCGUGUACUACUUGCUGCCUCUCCUGAUUGCCUGCAUUGGCUUCACGGCUCGAGGGGUCGUCAAGGGUUCACUCGCUGCCGCAUACCAGUCGGUUGUUCUCGGCGGACUGAUCUUCAAGGGCAGCGCGUUCGCUGUGAUGCAGAGCAUCGGCGUACUGGGCGCGCCGCGGUUCGGGCUGCUGCUGGUGGUACUUUUCCUGUUUGGCGGAGCUCUGUCCGUUUCGCUGCGCGAGACCACCGCUUGAAGCACCCACGAGGAUCCGUGUCCAUUUUCUUUACCUGUAAUGUGAGCGCAGUGCUUGAGCAACGAACAGUCCGUUUUGCGGGCGCAGGUUCCCGACACUCGCCGAGUGUACAUUUACUCCGACUUAUGCCAGCCCUGGCUGAGUCGUCAGCAGAACCGACGAGUACAAAAAACAGAAACUGAGGCAACGUACGAGGUCAGGGGGGUGGGGUUGCAUUUGGGGAAGCUGAGGGAUGAGGGGAGGGUUGUUUGUCG